UUUUUACGUGAGACUAUCUUAUUUGAGAGGAACCUCACCGCCAAGCUUGUAAAAACCCGUGUGGAAUCGUUGGCGCAAACGAGUUAACGCGGAAAAGCUUCCGAGUCGAGAAUGGAUGCCGUAAAACUGAAGAGCGGUUUGAGAAUUGCAGGAGAAAUCGAAAGAAUAAAUGCGAAGGAACUGAGUUAUACCGAGUUCGUGAAGAAUUACCUCGUCAAAAAUCAACCUGUAAUUCUCACAGGUUUAAUGGACGAUUGGCAAGCUUGCAAAGAUUGGAUUAACGAUGAUGGGGAACCUAAUCUAGAAUUCUUCUGUACUAAUUUUGGAAAUUCUCAAGUUCAGGUUGCAGAUUGUUAUAAUAGAGAAUUCACCGAUCAAAAGAGAGUAGACCUAUCAAUUUCAGAGUUCAUUGACUAUUGGGUUGCACUAAAUGAAGAGAAUAGGCAGGUUCAAGAUAGUGUGUUGUCUGACAACUGUGGUAACAAGUCCUUUUUGUAUGUGAAGGAUUGGCAUUUCGUCAAGGAAUACCCUGAAUAUAAGGCUUAUAGCACUCCACUUUUCUUUAAUGAUGACUGGCUGAACUUGUACCUUGACCAGUACCACAUGCAUCACGAUCCUGAAUACCAGGAGAGAAAUGAAAUCAGUUGCUCUGACUACCGGUUUGUUUACAUGGGACCAAAAGGUACAUGGACUCCUCUGCAUGCAGAUGUUUUCAGGUCAUACAGUUGGUCAGCUAAUGUAUGUGGCACAAAAUUAUGGCUUUUUCUUCCUCCUGCUCAACGUCACCUUGUAUUUGAUAGGUAUAUGAAAAGUUCUGUGUAUAAUAUCUUUGAGGAUGUCAACGAAUCCAAGUUCCCUGGUUUUAAGGAGGCUAUCUGGUUGGAAUGUACCCAAUUAAAGAAUGAAAUAAUAUUUGUUCCCAGUGGAUGGUACCAUCAAGUACAUAAUCUGGAAGAUGCAAUAUCUAUCAAUCACAACUGGUUCAAUGCCUUUAAUCUUGAUUGGGUGUGGGAUUUGCUUGUAGGGGACUACAAUGAGGCUAAGGAGUUGAUAGAAGACAUUAGGGACAUAUGUGAUGAUUUUGAGAGCCUCUGCCAGCGUAAUCUUGCUGCUAAUACAGGAAUGAACUUCUAUGAUUUCUUCUCCUUUGUUGUGCGCAUGUCUUUUGCCAACUUGCUCCAUCUUUGCAAUCCAUCUGGAAGCUGCAAAACUGAUUUACAUGCGUCAUGUUCAUGGGCUGAUCAUACAAUAUGGAAUCUAAUUUCUAUAAGGAGAGUUGCUUUAAGAAUGGAAUCGACAAGUCUAUCAAAAGACAGGGGAGUCUUGUUUGAUAUCCAAAAGAUCUGGAAGGAUCCUUUUUUUGUGGAACUGUUCUCUGCUCUGAACCGAACGUAUGAAAAGCUUUAUGACCAAUGUUGUCUUAACUGUGUAGAUAAGGAUGUCCAACAUGAUGGCAUUAAUCACUGUGAUCUAAUCAAUGGAGUUGGGUCAGUUGUUUCCAGUCCAAAGAGUCUCAUCAGCUUAAUUGACUGUAUUUUGAAAGAUUCUACUCCUGUGCUGUGUAAUUUACAAAUCGAUGAUCUCAGAGAAGAGAAGUUAGCUUCUUUCUAGAUCCAUCUACAAUGUUCUAGCGUGCUGCGGAAAUACCUUGGAAACUAAUCUAACUAUAAUUUGAACUAAGACGAUUCUGGACUUGCCAAAAGUUCUCCAAUAUGCACAUCUUGUCCUCUGAUGGUAGAAUAUACAUCUACUCAGGUGGUGCAAGGUAUGUGCCUCUAGUUGGUGAACUGACUCUUAUGCUGGUUUAAUGUUUUGCACUUCAAUGGUUUAGGCAGCUAAAAACAGUCCGAGGGACUCAUUGAUAGUGUUGUAGUCUGUAACUCUAUAUCAUUAUCACGUUUUGUACACAUUGUCCAGCAUGUAUGUUAAACAUGCCAUCUUCUUUUGUUUUGACAUCUUUUAUUUUAAUGUCAUAUUAAAGUAAUUGUCUACAUGACUUCUCUAGAAUUUGUAGUUAUGGAUAAUCCGGUGAUAGAAUGGGCUUUCGUUGGUCUUUUAUCAUUGAUAGUGGAAUUAAUUUGUUCAAGGUAGUUUAUGUAAUAGUACAACUUCCAUUUAAUUGCAUUGGGGUAAUGGAGUGCUGCAAAAAGCAGUACAGCUUAUUGCUAGUUUAAUAACAAUUUAAAGUGCUCAAUCUGGAUGUUUUGUUUGGGAAUUUUUCCUCUUAUUUAUACGGAAGCUCAAAUAAUAUAUUGUCAUAUUAUCAGGUAUUGGAAGCUUUGAAAACACUUAACUAGUUUUUUGCUUCAUCUAACCAUUCUCAGAAAGACAGAAUUAUUAUAAUGUUUUUCCUUUUAAUUUUCAACUCUUUACUUGGUCAGUUGGUUGUCUUCUCUUGAUCAUUUCUUUUGUCACAUUGUAUUAGUUUACCCAUACCCUGUAGCUGUUCACAUUCCAGGUCAUAGAUAAGUAUAUUGUAGAUCAUUGAAAGUUGUGUUCACUUUUGUUUGUUAUAGAUGCACAUGCUAGCCUUUGCAUGGGGGAAAUUACUCGUAUAUGGAAGUUCACAAUGACUUGAUCUUCCUUUUCGCUCUCAAAUUUUAAUGAAUAAUAGGUUUCCUCAACUCCCUGUUUUGAUAAAAAUAGUAAAUUGUUUAGCUUGUUGGUGCACAUAUUCAAAAACUAGUAAAAUAUGCUCAUGUUCUGGUUUUGAGUUUUUAAGAGCUUGUUUUCUUUAGUGGGCACAGAUAGAAAGCUAUGUUUUAUUCAACUUGUAACAUCUUAUACGUGGUACAAUAAUUUGAAACAGAACUUGGCCCUUUUAGAUGUAGAACUGAAUUAUAUCUGAAUAAAAAUAAUGAUAUUUUGAUGAUUGCUUUUAAUCUCUAAUUAUGUUUGCAAUGAAGUUUGUUCUUAAGCUUGCUCUCAGUCUCAAUACAGAGAAGAGUAUAGUCAAUUAUUGGCCGUGAAGUUGCAAAUUGUGUCUGAAAUCAAGAGACAAUCGAAAGCAAUCUCUUUGUUAUACAAGUGUAAGGCAGCGUACAUGCACCGGUAAGUCUAAUGCCACCUAGACGGGAGCUACCUAGUGAAAUUGGGAGUAAUGUAAUGUUGUUGCUCUUAAUCUCUAAUUAUGUGCUAACAAGUAUUUGACAUUCUUGGUUUCAGUACAUUUCUCUAUUCAUGAAAUGUGGUUUAUUGAUACAUAUUACUCUUAAACUGUUUAUUUUGUUUUUUAAUCAUAGUGAGCAUGUUUUAAUCUGUGUCUUCUACUUCAGAUUGGCAGAUGCUUACCCUUGUGUCCUGGUGAUUUUAGUCCACUUUUUUACAAUUGUAACUUUUAUGUUUACCCUAUUUCAUGGACCAAUGUUGAAGUUUAAUUAAAAUUUUUCUUGUAUUUCUUUCUUAAAAUAGACUCUUCUUAUCUUUCGUGGCUUCUAGUACUUGAAGAAUUCCCUUAAAUAGUUUUUGAAUAAAGGAGUUGAAAAGGAUAGAAGGUACAAACUAUUAGAACACAGCACAAGGGAAUUCGUAACAUGUUUCUAAACGCUUGUAUUUUCUUGAAUAAGCACUUGUGCCUUGACUCAAAACAAAGUAAAUAUUAUACACAACAAUGCAAAAUCCUUAAUGCCAACAUAAUUUACUAGAGGCAUAAUCUUAGAUAGUAAAAAAAAUAAAACUUAAAUAAUUUCGUACUGAUUUUGGGAUUUGUUCUCUCUAACGUAUAGACUUACGUAAAGUUUAAUAGAAUCGGCUAUUAUGUUUGGUUCAAGUUUGUGGUUUGUGCAUUUUGCUUUUUGACUAGUUAUAAGUUCACUUCAACACCAAUGAAGGGAGAAUAAGCCCUUACUCUGGAUGUCUAAUGGGUCAUAGUAUUUUAAUUGAAAUGAAGUGAAUGUAUUAAAAUAGAUCUUAUUGUGGGGUUACUAUGAAUUAUGGCCAUAUAGAUAUUCCCAUUUUAUGAACUUUGGGUUAUAGAAAUUCAAACCUAAAUGAAUUUCUAUAUUAUCAUAUAGUCACCAAUUGAUUUUACUGUUUAGGACUUAGGAGUGCAUAUAAUACUGCUGUCUAAUAUCUAAGAUGUUAUAAUUUUCAAAGGCAUUAUAGUGUUUGUAUGGUCUACUUCUUGCAAGGUUGAUUAUUCUUGAUUGUCUUUUUCCCAGCAUUAAUUAUCUUGUUUUAGGUUCAUAUUUUAAUUCUCGAAAGCUGUAUUUUAAGAUGUGAUGCUCAGCUGAAGAAUUUAAAAGUCAUAGUUGCACAUGGAUUUUUCUUGUAUAAUGUGAGUUUCUCUUAUGUAGAACAUUCCAAUGCCUUUGGUCUUCCCUUUCACCCUCAGAAUUAGUAGUAGCAUUGAUUUUCUCAAUCUUGCGGGCUUUUGUAAACCCUAUUUGUUUGUAGUUGGUACAUGCAGCUGUUCUCGUAUCUAAAGCUGAUUAAAUUUCAUAUGUUAGUAGGUUAAAAUUGCUCAUGUAAUUUGCUUUAUUUGUCUUACUGAGCAACAAAAUUAAUCAAUCCUUGUGACUUUUGUAGGCUAGCACUCUGCUACAUAAACUUUCAUCGUCCAAUCAGGAAGAAACUUAUCACCUACUUCGCGGUGUCUUUCUCCUUGAUGGUUAUUGCAGAAGAACCGCAGAAGUGUGCUGGGAAUCAAAGUGUUACAAACAGAAGAAAAGAAAGGAAGAAUGAUUCAGAGAAUGUGGAUUGCUAUUAUCACAGUGAUUGAGUAUUACAAAACCCUUCUUUCGAGAGGAAGGUGCUCUCCCAGUGACACUAUGUGUUUAAUAAAAUUUUCCUGCCUUCCUUCUACCCCAUUUUCUUAUUAUAUAAACAGAUCCAUAACAAACUUUCUCAAGUAUGCUCUUAACAAGGUAGCUAGGCUAACAAACUCUUAACAAACUUUCUUCUAGAUUUACUAUAUUACCCUCUUCCCUCAAAACUGUAAUUAUCUCCCAGGUUAGCAACAAUUGGUAGCUUCAACCAUCUUCUAGUGACUUUUUUUUGGGCCUUCUAGCAUAAGUGAAACGGAUAUCUGUUUUGGGCUGGUUUCUUGCAAUACCCCCUACCCACAGAUUCACCUUGUCCUCAAGGUGGAAAUUAGGAUAUCUGAGGUGGACUUCUUCAAAGGACUCCCAAGUAGCUUCAAAAUCUUGCAAACCCUUCCAAUGAAUCAGGACUUCCAUAUUAGCUUGAGAAUUGCGCACCCCAAGCACAGCCCAAGGUUCCACCUCUAACACCAAGUCAGCAGUCAAUUGGCUAGGAAGAUUGGUCGGUUGAUGCCCUGCUCCUAAGGCCUUCUUGAGCUGGGAGAUGUGAAAGACGGGAUGAAUUUUGGACCCUGGGGGAAGUCUCAAUUUAUAGGCAACUUGACCAAUCCUUUCUAGCACAGGGUACGGUCCAUAGAACCGAGGUGAAAGUUUCUCAUUAACACGCUUCACUAAGGACUGUUGUCGAUACGGUUGUAGCUUCAAGUAAACCAUAUCGCCUACCUGAAAAGAACCCUCCCGUCGCUUCUUAUUCUCAUAUUGCUGCAUAUACACUUGGGCUUGAACCAGAUGAAACUUCAAUUCAUCCAAAAUAGCAUCACGUUCUUGCAAUUGCGUUUCUACCGAUGACACAGUCGUGUAGCCAGCGGAGAAUCGAAUCA